CAUAAAGUUUGUACAAUAGUUUGUAGGCGUGCUGGAUUUGUUCACUUGUUGAGUACAAUAUUUGUGGUUUUUUGAUAAAAGAAUAAAUGUAAUAUCGUAUGUUCUAGUGGGUGUGUUUCAAUCCUGAGUUGUUGUAUGCAGAAGUAUUGAAUUUCAUCUCGUCCAGUUAAGGAUGUUGCGCUUUCUGAGUCGGAGGGGGCGUUCAUCAAGCCAAAAUCGCAAUAAACAAACCCAAAAGGCGUCUAGCAACAAAAAUUUAAUACAAUGUAAAGUGCUAUUACUUGAUGACACAGAUUUGUCUAUAAACUUAUCUAAGAAGGCCAGCGCCAAUGACCUUUAUGAGCAAGUAUUUUAUUCUCUAGAUUUGAUAGAAAAAGAUUACUUUGGAUUACAAUUUACUGAUACCCAUAAUGUUAAACAUUGGUUAGAUCCCACUAAAACUAUUAAAAAACAAGUGAAAAUAGGACCACCUUACACUCUGCGACUAAAAGUAAAGUUUUAUUCAUCUGAACCCAAUAAUUUGAGAGAAGAGCUUACUAGAUAUCAGUUCUUUUUACAAUUAAAAAAAGAUAUCUUAGAAAGCAAACUUGAAUGUCCACAUUCCACUGCAGUUGAACUGGCAGCUUUAGCUUUGCAAUCUGAGCUGGGAGACUUUGAUGAAAAUGUCCACACUCCUGCCACCGUGUCAGAGUUUAGGUUUGUACCUAACCAAACAGAAGAAAUGGAAAUUGAAAUAUUAGAAGAGUAUAAAAAAUGUAAAGGUCUAACCCCAGCACAAGCUGAAGUCAAUUAUUUGAACAAAGCAAAAUGGCUUGAAAUGUAUGGUGUUGACAUGCAUAUUGUUUUGGGCAAAGAUGGCUGUGAAUAUCACUUGGGGUUGACACCAACAGGCAUACUUGUCUUUGAAGGACCUCAAAAAAUUGGUCUAUUUUUCUGGCCCAAGAUAAGCAAGCUUGAUUUUAAGAAAAAGAAACUUACACUUGUUGUGGUGGAAGAUGAUGACCAAGGUCGGGAACAAGAGCAUACAUUUGUGUUCAGAUUACAUAAUGAAAAAGCCUGUAAACACCUUUGGAAAUGUGCUGUUGAACAUCAUACAUUUUUCCGACUGAGGGCACCAGUGAAAGGACCUUCAGCUCGACAAAACUUCUUCCGCAUGGGAUCUAGAUUCCAAUAUUCUGGAAAAACAGAGUACCAGACUACUCAGCAAAACCGAGCCCGACGCACUGUUCAAUUUGAAAGACGACCAAGUCAGAGAUUUGCUAGACGACAAAGUCAUGUUUUGAGGGAACGUGAAAAACAAAAUGUAGUCAAACCAGAAACUGCACAACCUGAACCAGCUAACGAAAUUCCUAGCACAUCAGCUGACACAGCAGUGCUGUUGCCUGACGUUGAUACAUUAUCAAGAAAGAGUAGUGCUAAAUCACAGAAGUCAACUCUUAUUGAUGCUGAGAUUAAACCUGAGAUUGGUGAGCCAUCUACAAAGAACCUUCUUAAUGAAGAACCAGCUGAAGAAGUGUUGAUGUCGAAAGAUGACGCUAUUAGCAACAAGGUGCUAUUCAAAAUGGACAAAUCUCUAAAUGAAGAAAAGAAGAACAAUUUAACUCAACUUGUAAUCAACAAACCAGCUUGCAGCUGUUCACCUGUUAAUGAAUCAAACCCGCUCAAUGAUCUCCUGAUGAGUUUAGUUAAGGAAAAACUUAAUAAUGAUGAUUCCAAAAAUGAAGCAAAGAGAGAUCAGUUGGAUUCAGCAAGUGACAAGGAAGUACCUAACAAUCAGACAAAAUGCUACCUGACUUCAACUAAGGCACUACCACCAGGACAAUUAAAGUGUAAUAAUAUUUUGAAAGCUAGAGAAAAUGAGGUGAAAGUCAUAAAUGAGUCUACUAACAUUAAUUUGGCCAUACCAUCCACACCUUCACCAAAAAUAUUGAAUGAGCCUACAAAUCCAAUCAAUUCUCAAUAUGUGUCAAUUGUGGUGGUGGAACCUCCUCAUAACCAAGCAAAAUUAUCAUCUCCUAAACCAGUCGAGAAAAAGGAGGAUGUAACUCCCAAGGUACAACCUAUAUCAUCACUUUCUCCCUGGCUUGUCUCUUCUGAACCAAGCUCACCAUCUGGAAUUGGAGAAAAGGAAAUAACAAUAAUCCACCGUAAGUCCGUUAUCACUACACAAUUGUAGUAAUAUGGGAUCAAAAUUGAUGACAAUUUUCUUUAAAAAAUGACAAAAUAGAGUAAUAUUGCAUGUUUUGCUUUUAAAUAAUAGAAUUAUUAUUUAGUGCCUUAUAAUAAUCGCCUAUUCGUAGAUUUAGUAACAUAUAAUCAAUGUACUUAAUUUGAAAAAAACAUUGACAAAAAUUUAUUAAUUGUUAGCAAUGAUCUCCAAUAUUUUUCUACACAAAUUAUGACACGGCGUUAGGUUUAAUUCCAACUUAAGUGCAACUGAUUUUCGGAAAACUAGUUUUGUCGUAAGCUAAACUAGUUCGUCCGAAACACCUAUAUUAGAACCGUCCAAAGCACUUGAGAAUAAACAUUCCAUUUAUCUUAGUAUAAAUUUUCGCUUUCAAAGUUUCGACGGAAACCUAAAGCGAGAUGAUACCUUUAUUACUACAAUAUGUUAAAUAAUAAUGGGUCAUCUGGUUUCAUUCCGCUUGGGUGUACUAAGUAGAUAUCGAUACUUUAAACAUGUCCUUGUAGCUUUCCACUGUUGCACUCAGCAUUUCUUCUAAUUAUGAGUGCUUCUAUAUAAAUGUAUCUGCUCACAUUACAAUUGAAUUUAUUUUUGUACUUAAAUAAAUAAGAAGUUUCUGUACAUUCCUAUAAAAGUCUUACACGAAACACGACGCGAAAGUCGAUCCAGA